AUGAUGAAACAGCUUAUCAAAUGGAAUGAUCAAAAUUGGAUGAAACAACGUUCUCAAGCUGAUCAGGUACGAUCUCCUUUAUUGAUCUAUGAAAUUCAGGCAAAAUCUUGGAAAAACAGUACCUAUAAACCAUUAAAAUUCCGUCAAAUUGCAGCUGAAUUAGUUUCAUAUUGUCAACAAAUGGGUUUUACUCAUGUUGAAAUGUAUGGAGUUCUCGAACAUACACAUCAAGGUAGACGUGGUUAUCAAGUAUCGAAUUUUUUUGCUCCUUAUCGACAUAGUGGAGCAUGUGAUGAUUUAAAAUAUCUUAUUGAUCUCUUACAUCAAAAUAUUAUUGGUGUUAUUCUUGAUCGAAUACCAACACAUUAUCAUCAUUGGCAUGAAUUUCAUUUCUAUUCAACGUCUUUACAUGAAUAUGAUGGAACAAAUUUACAUGCAAGUAGUUCUUCACCAUGGGGAACACUUCAUUUUGAUUUUGAUAACGAAGAAACACGAAGACUUUUAUUUGCUACUGCAUUUUAUUAUCUUGAUCGACUUCAUAUAGGUGCAAUUCGUUUCGAUGCUGUUAGUCAAAUGAUUCGACGUAAACAUAAAGAUAUGCCUAGUACAAUUUCAUUUUUACAUGAACUUAAUCAGAUGAUUCAUACGAAAUAUCCUGGUGUUUUAUGUAUUACAGAAGGAGCUGAAGGUUAUCUAAAUCUAACAACAACGAUGGGUUUUGAUUUGAAAUUGAAUAUUGGUUGGAGUCAUGAUGCACGAAAUCGUCUUCGUACACCGUAUGCUGAACGACCUCAACAUUUGAAAGAAAACGUAUCGGAUACAUUGAAUUGGUCUCGAUGGGGACCAGAUAAAAUGAUUUUAACAUUAAGUAAUGAUGAUACAGAUUCGGGAGAACGUAAUAAUGAAGUUGUACAACCAGUAUCUUGGUAUCAAUGUUUUCGACGAGAUUUAUCAAGUAUGGAUUGGUCAUUAGCAAAUUCAACAUCAUUACAUGGAAAAAUUCAAGAAUGUAUUCGUGAUCUAAAUCAUCUUUAUAUUCAACAUCCACAAUUUUGGCAAUAUAGUGAAUUAGAUCUUUCAUGCAUUUAUGAAUAUGAUCCAAAUUUAGUAAUAGCUUAUCAUCGCGGUAUUUACAAUAAUCGAAGAAUUGUUAUUAUUCAUAAUUUUUCAAAUCGUGGCUCUAAAACUUACGAUAUAUAUUUACAAAAGUCGGAUCCUAAUGUAGCACGUAUUCAGAAUGUAACAGAAAUUUUCAAUACUGAUCAUGCAAAAUAUGGGGGUUCGGGUUUAUUUGAAAAUCAACAGGUAAUAGUUAAACAACAUAAUGAUGGAUGUAUGUUGUUUAAACUAACUAUUCCUCCCUUUUCAACAAUUAUUUUAGAGGAACUUUUAAACUAA